UUUGUGGGAGUGCAAGAACAGCAGCAUUUAAAACUGAGGGUAAAUUUCCAGACUUCAUUAAGACCCUCAAUACAAGCCAGCCAGUAAAAUAUGGGAUCUACCCAUAGGAGCUCAGUAUAUCGGAUGGUCAAGACUAAUAAAACUGGGUCCAAGGUAGCAGUUUCAGCACCAAAAGGGUCUGAGGAUACUAACACAACUCUUCAGCGGGUACCAGGGUACAUGCUUGCCUCAAGCUCACGAAGUGCUGCAGCCCCCAAAAGCCCUUCGCCACAUCGAAAAUCAGAAGCUGGGCAUCUCACCACUCUCUAUUCAACAUCAGACUAUGCUCAAUCUAGCUCCCCCCAGUUAGGGCCCGGCCUUGCUGGAACACCCGUCCCUCGAGGAAAUGAGACUCAAUCAAAGUCAGAAACAUACCGUCAUCACUCUCUUCAUCGAAAGAGCCAGCAGAGUCAGGUAGCUUCCCAUGCUGUCCAGAUGCAGCGGAACGUUAGUCCAUCCAAAGAGGAAUCAACACGAAGAGGCGGUGAGAGCAAGCCAGGGCGUGACAUGAGUAAUCGCUACUCAGUAAUGCCAGAUGCCAAAUCCUCUCGCCGGUUGAGUUUUGUAGACCAGAAGGAUAACUUACAGAUCUUACAAGAAGAAGACCCACCCUCCAAGGUCCAGUACCCACAAGGGGUCAGAGUUCCCCGUAGGACUUUAGUUUGCCCAAAGGAUGAAGCAGUCCAAACUGAGCCCAUCCGAAAGGGUUUGACUGCUACUGAGAUCAGAUCUUCAAGGAUACCCUCUAGCCCAGAACAUAGCAGUGGCCGUGUCAAUGCAGACUCUCGGACAGCCCAGAGAAGGAUCCCCGGCCAAGAGUUUGAAAUGAAUCGUCUCAGCUCAAUCUUUACAGAACCCAAGACUUUGCAUAGGAAUAUGAACAUGGAAUCAUCCCUCAGACUCUCUGUCCUUAAGGAUUUGGAUGGUGGACACCGAGUUUCUAUACGUCCAGAUCCUGAGUCUAUCCGCAAGCAUUCUGUCUAUGCUGACAUCAAGCCCUCCCCAAAGGUCUUAAUAUCAUCAGAAGUAGAGUCCAACCUGAGGUCCUCAACCAGAGGAGACAGUGAGGUUGGCCGCAGGGUCACCAUCUCCCCAGAGGGACAGUUACUACACUCAGCAUCCCGGGUGACAUCUCCAGCUGUGUCUGAGAACCCCCCAAAACCAGUGUUUGUCGCUCCAGAGCACAGCUAUAAGCAGCACACCCAAAGGCCUUCAGAAAGCCUCUGCAUGUCCCCCAGACCCUCCCGAAAGCCCUCUGUCCAAGGAGAACUGGAACUGUCCCCUCGGCCCUUACCCCCUCGGUCCUUACCUAGGUAUGGGCCUGAUUCCUCAUGGUGGACCUUACUCAAUCCUGAAGGUGAAACACCCCAAAGCCGGCCGACAACACCUGAUUUUGAGUCUAAGUCCCCUCCUCCCCCAGAUCCUUUAUUAUCCUUUUUUGAAAUGGACUCAACUCCUUUCUGUGAGGAAAUGAUGUUCCAGAGAGAGAAGGCAAGUCCAUCACCACCACUACCAGCAGCACCACCACCACCACUAGCAUUACCAAAGGAGUCUCCAAACCGGGCACCAUUGAGCAAAGUGCCACAGGCCCUCAAGUGCUCCUCCAAACAAGCCAGUCAAAGGUUUAGUGCUUUCUUCUUGGAUGUCUCUGAGGAAAUGUACAAUCGUGUCAUCUGGUGGCUAAAAGAUGAGGAGAGGCUUGUAGCUGAGAAGAGAGGGCAUUGAAAGAAUGGAG